AUGAAAAAUGUAAACGACAUUGAUUUCUAUAACGCCUCUAGUGCCCAUGUGGGUGGAUGUGGUGUCACUUUGGAUUUAGAUGAGAAUAGUAGCGGGGUAACAAACUCAACAACACGAGUAUUAAACAACAUGAAUGGCGCAGCUCAUUCUAGGGGUAAACGUUUUAUUGCUUUUCCAGUUGGUUCAUCAUUUUCGACUGCCGUUUGUUUGACAACUGGUGUUGUGGGGAAUCCUGAUUAUCGAUAUUUAAGUAUGGGUUUAAAUUGGGGAAUUGCUUAUGAAUUGCCAAACACAACAUGGGUGCUUCAACAUGCCAACGGCUUUGGUCCCAAACAUAAAGAGAAGGUUGUUAGUCCACAAAUUAAGCGUAGACAUCGCCGUGAUCUGUAUGGCAAAUUGGAAACUCUAAUAAAUGGUUCAAAUAUGGCUAAAACAGCCAUGUCUAAUGUAUCAAACCCAUCCUCGCUGUCUUCAACAUCAGCAACCUCAUCUUUGUCUCCAAUAUUAUUGUCAUCAUCAACAACAACAUCACCAUCAUUAUUAUUGCAGAAGCAGCAACGUUUACUUUCUCGUCCAAAACGUUAUCUUUCAUUUCCGGAAGGAUCAUCAUUUUCCGUUGCUGUUUGUUUUACUGUGGGCAUUAUUGGUAAUCCCAGAUACAACUAUAUGAGCUUUGGCCUAAAUUGGGGUGUAGCAUAUGACUUGCCCAAUACCACAUGGAUUCUUAACCAUUUGCAUGGUUUUGCCAAAAGGCCUAUACCUGUGGCCGUAUGGCACAGACGAUCGAGGCGCUCUUUAUAUAAAGAAAUUGAAAAUGUAGUUGAUAACAUGGGAUAUAAUGGACGCGACUGCAUAUUGAGAGCUUUAUGCGAAAGUCGGCAAUAUUUUCAAAAAACCAAAAUGGGCAUGAUUGGAGAAAUGUUAAAAGUUAUUUUUAGUCUACCCAAACAGCGUAUAUUUACGCGGGAAUUAAGUGAAAAUCCAGACAUCGAGUUAUAUGAUGGUGCCUAUAGGAGAGCUCGUUCUAUCAGUGACUGUUCGGAACAGUACGAUUGUGAUUUUUCAUUAUUGGAAUUAGCAUUUGGCAAAUAUUCUACCCCUCCCCUUGGAUACUAUACUAAACAUUAA